CCACAAUCCAACCCCAGACUCUGGGACGUAAUUCCGCAUGACUACGAUUUCCUCACAUUUCCCUGUUCUCCUUCACAACGAUGCCAGUCACCCAAUCUGAUAUAUAAGGGCAUUCCCUGGCCCUUGGCCUACUUUCUUCAUCAGACAUCUCCUCAUCAACAGAUUGUUUCAAGAAAAUAUCAGCUCGCAAUGGCAACUCAGACUCAAGAUAUCGAACGCGAGUUUUCACGUGAUGAAAAGUCUGGGAUCAUGCAUAAUGAGCAUGCUCGGGGCGGUUUAUCCCAAGAAGAUGCUGAUUUCUUGAAUAACUUUCCUGAAGAGAGGAAGAAGGCUGUUAUUCGAAAAGUCGAUUGGCGAUUGAUUCCUAUGCUUGUUCUCCUGUAUCUUAUUGCAUACUUAGACAAGACAAACAUUGGAAAUGCAAAGAUCGAAGGCAUGACUGACGACUUGCACCUCAAGGGCAUCGAGUACAACAUCGUCACCGCUAUCUUCUUCAUCCCCUUCGUCCUCUGCGAAGUCCCUUCCAACAUGAUCCUUCACAAGUUUAAGAGACCAUCUUGGUACAUGGGCGGCAUCGUCUUUUGUUGGGGCGUCAUCAUGACUCUCACUGCCUUGGUCCAGAACUAUGCUGGUCUCUUGGCUAUUCGAUUCCUCCUUGGUAUCUUUGAGGCCGGUUUCCUCCCCGGCGCAAUCCUCAUCAUUUCCAACUGGUACCUCCCCAACGAAACCCAAACCCGAAUCGCAAUCCUCUACACAUCAGCUGCAACAGGCGGUGCCUUUUCCGGUCUUCUAGCCUUUGCCAUCGCCAAAAUGGACGGCAUGGCCGGUCUUGAAGGCUGGCGCUGGAUCUUCCUCAUCGAAGGUCUCUUCACCGUCGUCGUCGCCAUAAUGUGCGUCUUCCUCCUCUGCGACUCGCCAGCCCUUUCAACCCGCUGGCUCGACGCUGAUGAGAUUCGAUAUCUUGAACUUCGCCAACUAAGCCGUCGAGCUACUGUCCCAAUGGACUAUAAGGAGAACGAUCACUUCAAUCUUCGUCUGUUCAAGGAUAUCAUUAUGGAUUACAAGAUUUGGCUUUUAUUCUUUGCGAAUUGGUCGAAUGCUGUUCCUAACUAUGCUAUGAAGUUCACUAUGCCUACUAUUCUUAGGGGCAUGGGGUAUACUUCUUCUGAUGCGCAGUUGAUGACGAUUCCUCCUUAUGCUAUUGGAGCUAUUUCAGCUUAUGUGUUUGCUAUCUUUGCGGAUAAGUACUCAUGGCGCGCUCCUUUCAUCUUGGGACCUCAAUGUUGUCUUGUUGUUGCUUUCAUCAUCCUGUUUGUCAAGUCCAGUAACAUUGAGGACAAUAUUGCUGUUUGUUAUUUUGCCGUUUGUCUUGCGUGCUUCGGCAUGUAUCCUAUUCUUCCCGGUGUCAACGCCUGGAACGUCGCCAACACGCCCGACCCCGCCAAACGAUCCGUCAACAUUGGUCUUCUCGUCUGCGUCGGCAACAUCGGCGGUCUCAUCGGCUCUUACAUUUACCUCGAGCGUGAAGCUCCCCGAUACCCAACUGGUUACGGUACUUCUCUGGCUUUCGGUUUGGCCGGUGUUGUUGCAGUUUUGCUGCUGGAGACUCUUCUUAAGAGGGGUAAUGCUAAGAAAGCUAAGAUGACUGAGGAAGAGGUCAGACAGAGGUAUACAGAUGAGGAUCUCAUUCGCAUGGGUGAGAAGAGCCCACUGUUCAAGUAUGCUCUGUAGAUAUCUCCAUAGUAUUAUGUACCUCUAGCAAACAUCAAAUUGGCUCUCUUAAUAACUCAUCAAGAUCCCUGUAUAAUCCUUGCUCUCAAUUGACUUUCUCCAUCUCAGCCUCAUUUACCCGCCCAACGUUAGCUAGUCUCACCACUUACCCCAACCCAUCUGACAAUCUCACACGCCCUCUUGUAACAUGAUUGGUGCCCACAACCAGACAACCCAUGUCCAGGCA